AACUGCCUGGGUUAACCGGAGAUCUCGAGAAUCUUAUGCCGUCAAUUGCACACAAGGGGAUCACCACCGUUCAAGCAGGCCUUUUCAUACCUGCUGUGUGUCUCACCUUCUUGUCCCUGCUGAUCGCUCUGUUCGGCCACUUCAAUCGCCCUGCAUCCCUCUGUGCAUCCUUCCUGACCUUUAUCUCCUUCGUACUUACUCUGGCUACGUUUAUUGUUGAGAUCGUCGCCAACAACGAGCUAAAGUCAGGAGUAAACGACCUUCAUCUUUCGACCAUCACAGUCACCAUUGGUCCUGCGGUGUGGAUGACUUUAGGAGCAGCUAUUGCAUUAUUCCUGGCAACGUGCGCUUACUUCUUGGCUUGUGUUUGUGGUGUUGGACGAAGCAGGAGACAUAGAAAUUCUACUGAGCCAAUGCGUGAAAAGCCAAGAGGUUGGUUUGGACGACGAGUAUAAUUCAUAUAUACGCCGGGGGGUUGUUGGUAUGGCGUGCCAUCAUCCUCUAGUACUACAAACAGACCGAUUGUUUGAUAUUUUAAUCAUUAUAUGCUAUACUGUAAAUCUAUAUAAAUGUACGCAUGGGAUAUUCCAGUGCAAAAAGGGACAU